GUGAAGAAGGAGAGGGAAGAGGGGGUCCAGCCACCAAAGCAGAGAUUCUCCUGCAGCCCGUGGAGAGGAGUGUGGUGAGGCAAGUUGUCCACCUGAAGCCCAUGGAGGUCCACAGUGGAGCAGAAAACACUGUGCUUUUGCAAGUUGACCAGGAAAGCAUAGGUCAACGUUUUUGGGAGAGAGACUGCCACCUGAGAAAGCUGUGGUCCUGACCUUGAAGCCAAAACAAUGAAAGGGUGAGCCAGGAAUUACAGGAAAGAGCGUUUGGCCUGUUCAGGACAUACAGCGGUACAGAUGUGUUAAACAGUGGAAUUACAACAAAAAAACAACCCCUCUGGUGACAGGCUGAGAUGGCACAUCAAAAUGCAGGAGUGUCAUAUUCCGGUCUUCUCCUGUAUGUCUUCCUCUAAAGUGUCACAGGGUGCUGCAGGGUCUGGAGACCGAGAGAAGCGUCACAGGGCUGGAAGGAGGAUCAUGGAUUUUCCAGGACACUUUGAGCAAAUCUUCCAGCAGCUCAACUACCAGAGGCUUCAUGGCCAGCUCUGUGACUGUGUCAUCGUGGUGGGGAACAGGCAUUUCAAAGCCCAUCGCUCUGUUUUGGCAGCAUGUAGCACACACUUCCGAGCCCUGUUUACUGUAGCAGAAGGGGACCAGACUAUGAACAUGAUUCAGCUGGACAGCGAAGUAGUGACAGCUGAAGCCUUUGCAGCUCUGAUAGACAUGAUGUAUACAUCCACACUAAUGCUGGGGGAGAGCAACGUUAUGGAUGUCUUGCUGGCUGCUUCUCACUUGCAUUUGAACUCUGUUGUUAAAGCUUGCAAACACUACCUUACCACCAGGACACUGCCGAUGUCUCCACCGAGUGAUAGAGUUCAAGAGCAAAACGCACGCAUGCAGAGGUCCUUCAUGCUCCAGCAGCUUGGCCUAAGCAUUGUGAGCUCUGCCUUAAAUUCCACUCCGAGCACAGAGGAGCAACCAAAUGCCAUGAGCUCCUCAAUGAGAAGUAACAUUGAGCAGCGCACUACUUUUCCCAUCCGUCGCCUCCACAAACGUAAGCAGUCUUCUGAAGAUCGGGCCAGACAGCGCAUCAGGCCCACCAUGGAUGAGUCUGUUUCUGACGUGGCUGCAGAGAGUGGGCAGUCAGUAGUUCAUUCACGAGAAGAUUUCUUCUCACCAGAUUCGCUGAAGAUUGUGGACAACUCUAAGGCCGAUGCUGUUGCUGAUAACCAGGAGGAUAAUACUAUGAUGUUUGAUCAGUCUUUCAGUGCUCAGGAAGAUGCUCAAGUGCCCAGCCAGUCUGACAACAGUGGAGGAAACAUCUCACAGAUGUCCAUGGCAUCCCAGGCAACGCAGGUGGAAACCAGCUUUGACCAGGAGGCUGCUUCUGAGAAGAACAACUUCCCAUGUGAGAAUCCAGAGGUCAGUCUAAACGAAAAAGAGCACAUGAGGGUGGUGGUGAAGUCUGAGCCUUUAAGUUCCCCAGAGCCUCAAGAUGAGGUGAGCGAUGUUACCUCCCAAGCAGAGGGCAGCGAAUCUGUAGAAGUGGAAGGAGGAGUAGUGAGUGCAGAGAAGAUAGAACUGAGUCCCGAGAGCAGCGAUCGUAGCUUUUCGGACCCACAGUCAAGCACUGAUAGGGUGGGAGACAUCCAUAUUAUGGAGGUGUCCAAUAACCUGGAACACAAGUCCACUUUCAGUAUCUCAAAUUUUCUAAAUAAAACCAGAGGUGGUGGCUUCGGUGCUAGUCAAAACAGCGAUGACAACAUUCCAAACACCACCAGUGACUGCAGAAUGGACAGUGAUGCCUCUUACCUGAUGAGUCCAGAGUCGGGGCCUGCUGGUGGCCACUCAUCUGCCACUGUUUCACACGUCGAGAAUCCGUUUACCGAGCCAGCAGACUCUCAUUUUGUGAGACCAAUGCAGGACGUGAUGGGUCUCCCCUGCGUGCAGACUUCUGGGUACCGGGCGGCGGAGCAGUUCGGCAUGGAUUUUCCACGGUCGGGCUUGGGCUUGCACUCUCUGUCAAGGGCGAUGAUGGGCUCAGUAAGAGGUGGGGCUAGCAGCUUUCCUGGCUACCGCCGCAUCGCCCCCAAAAUGCCUGUGGUCACCUCUGUCAGGAGCUCCCAGCUGCAGGACAACUCAUCCAGUUCCCAGCUGAUCAUGAACGGGACCACUUCCUUUGAGAACGGGCAUCCGUCGCAGCCUGGCCCCCCGCAGCUGACCAGGGCAUCCGCAGACGUCCUCUCCAAGUGCAAGAAGGCCUUAUCUGAGCACAACGUCUUGGUUGUGGAAGGAGCACGCAAAUAUGCCUGCAAGAUCUGCUGCAAGACCUUUCUGACCCUGACGGACUGCAAGAAGCACAUCCGCGUGCACACGGGGGAGAAGCCCUAUGCUUGCCUCAAGUGUGGCAAGCGGUUCAGCCAGUCCAGCCACCUCUACAAACACUCCAAGACGACCUGCCUGCGGUGGCAGAGCAGCAAUCUGCCCAGCACUUUGCUCUAACCUUCUCCGCCCGGCGCCAGGAAGAGAUGUCCGGCUCCUGGAAGCGCCGCAGGGACACGAACACUAUUUUCUUCAAGGCUGCUCUUACUGGUGAGCGAACACUUAACGUGUGAUGGUGCCACACACACAAAAGUCUUGGUUCUGUCGAUUGGGGAUAUUACUGUACCUACCUCACAGGGGCGCGGUGAGGCGUAGCGAGCUGCGAGCUCGUCGAGCCGUGCUGCGGGCGCGUGAGGCGUUACUGUGACGGGCGGUCAGCCUGGGCGAUGGGGAUAUGAUCCCCAAAGCCAAGCAGUUCCUUUGCAGGGCAGAGGGGUGAGAGCGUAGUUAUCUCAUGAAGUAGCAUGUUUCCAGAGUGAGAAACUGAAGUGCAAAUUUCCUCUUUUUUUUUUUUUUCCUAAAAUAUUUUGUAAAAGUGACAGCAUUUAAAUAAAUGACCUGUAAAACAAGUUUCCGCGUUAUGUGUGGACAGUAGUGCAAGAGCAGUUUGCCGUGACUAACGCAGACUGCCUAUCUUUAAAAGAGAAAAACACCUUUGGAUGCACCUGUCUGACAUAAUGCUUUAAAAUAUGCUAAUUAUAAAAAUAGUUCUAGGGUUAUGAAUGUAUGUUUGGCUGUUUUGUAGUAAAGGACACUGUGUAAUGAAGGUGCUUAAAUUAACUCCGAGGCAAGUAACUUUUGGACUGCCAGAUGUAUAUAUACUUUGAAUACGGCAAGAUCUGGAUGUUUGACUGAUUUUUUCCAUAGAAACUUGUAUUAAGUGGUAAGUGAAGUACUGUUUCUUGUUCGUGCUAUUCUUAGCAGUAUUUUAACCAAUUUGUAUCUCCUAUGUUAAAAUUCUAUAUACACAGAAGUCUGAAAAGAGCUUGUCUUUGUCUGCUUUGUUAUUUUGAAGGAGAGAGAUAAUUUGUGAUGGCUUUUUUUUUACUGUAUAAGUCUUUUGCUGUUUCCAGAUGCUGAUAGUCAAUCUGAUCCCUGUUAUUGUGUGAGCAUAUUGUCCUUUUCUGGCACUUUUAUCUUCAGGCUUUAAUUUCCUCCGCUGCACACUUACUUUCUACUUAGUGCUGUGGGUUGUUCCUCAGAUCGAACCAGCCUGGAACGAUCCUCACUUGCCAUGUUUAUUUACAUCUCUCUAUAAAGACUAGUUAUCAAAUGCAGUCCUUCCACUUAAAGUAGUGUCAUAAAUGUACUUUUCCACAUAAAUUUAAAAAAUCUAGCAUAAAUUUAAUUUAAAAAAAGAGCACUGUACACUUUGUGUAGCAGAAAUUCAGUCAUCCUUACUCCUCAAGUGAAUCAUGUAAAUCUUGUUUUAAUUUCCUCUUCUUUGACACCAUUGUAACUAAUACUGUCGGCAGUCUCUUUUUUCCUUUGUUAAAGAGGCACAUGAACUAACUGCUGGUGCUCAGCAUAUUAGGUUUCUAAAUACAAUUUCGGAGCACUUCUGCUGAUAAGUGUUGCUCUGCUGUGAGGAGCUGAGUCAGGGCUAUAGCGCAUCCGUUCUGUUCCAGGGAGAGAGAGAGAUUUGCAUUUCCUGCUAUUUAAGUCACAGGGCACAGUCACUCCCUUAAUAUAAAAAAAAAUAAAUUGCAAACCUUCCUUUCUUUAUUUUAUUUUGUAUCACAAACGAAUUUGCUGUGAUAUUCAGCAGUUUUGUGGAGUUUGUGCUGCCUAACAGUAGUGCUGUAGCUGGUGUGGCAGGAUGAAUUAUGGGAAGUGUUGAAGCACAGGAACCACACCGUGGCUGUCAGACCAAAGGAGACACCUUCUGUGCUUGGCUCUAUGUGAAACAGUAGUCGCUAAUGAAGAAAUUUGUCUUCAUCUCUAAUUAUGUUGCUCCGCAUUGGAAAAAAAACUCAAAAAGCCAAAUGUCUGUCAAUGUGUCAUUUGCAUCUUGAGCAUCCAAGGUAAACAGGAAUGUGGAAACAUAGUGAAUGAUUGAAUCAAUUCCUUUAAAAUGCUAAGAUUUUGUUAUAGGAUUUAUUUAAUAGUCCUAUUUCUGGCUCUUGAUUUUAUAAGCAUUAAGGAAGUGUGCUGCAUUUUUUUAAGCAUUAGGAUAUAUGCCACAUUUUGUUUUAUAAUAAUUUUGAUAUCAGGGGACUAACAGCAUUGAGCUAUACUAAAAAAUCUCACUGAAACAUCAAUAAAAUGCAGUAUUUUGUACUUUAAUAUUUUCUUGUGUUGCCUUAUUAGAUUAUUUAAUCUUCUUUGCAUUUCUAGUGUUUUGUUUUAAAAAUAGGGGUUUUUUUACAUUUUCUAUCUGUUUCCUAGAGCACAUCUGAAUUCCUUGAACUCUUAAAACGUGUAGGAAUAAAGCAUCUAUGUGAGUAAGGAGAUUAGAGUAAUUAAGAACUAAUAUGAGCAGAUAAACACAUUUAACUGUACUUUUGAUCUUUUUUUUAUAAAAAAUUUAAUGUCCUUGUGAAACAUCAGACCUUGUGCAGGAGGACUUCUGUCCUCUUUCUUUAAGGAAAAACAAUCCACUUGGAGUGUUUUUGGAAGCAGCAGCUUUGAGUGUUGCUGCUGGCUGCGGUGGCGGGUCGGGAGGAGCGCACCGCAGACCCAGGGCCGGUGCUGCCCAAGACUCUCCUCGUCUUCCAGUAUCAAGCAAUAUCUCGGAACGGUUCCUCCGCGUCCUUCUCCCUGGCCCCGGAAGAAGAGCAUCGCAUCCCAGGGCCUGGUAACGUCGUCAGAGAGCUUGUCGCCCGGACUUUUUUUCUAGAUUUAACUCUGCAAAUGCUACAGUGAGAUCUCACGUAAAGGUGUCGGUGUGUUAGUAUUAUGGAACAUCGGAAAAUAAAACCUACAUUUUUGUGCUGC